CAACAUCCACGCGACCCAAACCAAACCGUCAACCGGGUCGCGACGUGUUUAAUUACGUCCUCACUAUUUUUUAAAAUAUUGGUGUUCGGAGCAUGGCGGCGACGAGCUCGUUUGUUGUCAAGCACUGCGGCCACGACAGCGUCUUCCUCCCCAAGUACACACGGUACCAGAAGGCGCAGAAAGUCAAGGUGCUCCGGUGCUUCCCCCACUGCUGCCCGAGCCACGUCUACUACCGGUACUGCGGCGCGCCCAUCGAGGUCAAGACGCAGCUCCCGACCAACGACAACACGUCCGUCGAUGACUACGUCACGCUGCUCAAGAUUGCGCCCGCCUAUGACGUCGACUGGGCCGUCGGCGAUGUCAUUCCGCCGGUGACAGCCGCCGACCUCAAGGCCCGCGCGAACGAGCACGGAACGACGUGGCACGUCGGUCGCAACGAGCUGCGCGCGGGCGGUGAGACGACCGAGUUGACGAGCAGCUUCAACAAUGACCUCGUCGAUGGCUGGGUGUAUGGCUGGAAGAGCGGGCGCAGCCAGGUCGUGCGCGACUGUCUCCACCACGUCAAGGUGUUUGUCUUUACGAUCGAGCGAUCGAGGAACGCGAGCCACGACGUGCACUGGCGGCUCGUGGACCGCGUCUUCUCGCCUGGCUUUACCUUUGUGUCGUACCGGAGCCUCCACUACGCCAACGGAUCCGAGCCGAACGAGACGCACCAAGCUGCAUCGCCAGUGCUCUCGGGCAACUUGCCACCGAGUGGGAUCGCGCCGCCGUCGUCGCCACGCCACGUCUCGCCCCAAACCCAGCUCAUGGCCAACCGGCUCGGGCUCCUCGUCCUCUGCGUGGGCCAGCUGCCCGUUAUUCAUGGGCCGUGGCAAACCGAUUUGGUCGAGGCCGUGGCCGGGACCCGCCGCGGGCCACCGACCCCGCUGCCGUUUCGGCUCGUUGCGGGCGACCCGCUAAGCGCGGGGCACGCAAUGCUCAUGCAGUGGCUCGUGCACCUCGUGCAUUCGCAGCACGCAGCCAUGUACCGGCGUGUGAUCGCUGCCAACCACAACUGCCUCUUUGACAAGGCGCGACUCAUGACGGCGUACAACGCCUGCGUCCACAUGCUGCACGCGGCCUCGGAGGCGUUUUUUGAAGCCCGAGGCACGACUGUCGGCGCUGUUGCCAAGGCCGUCGCGAGCGCUGACCUCGAAGACGCGCUCCAAGCCCAAGUCGGGACCGAGGGGUACUUUGGGUACCAUUCGUUUGUCGCUCAUUUUCGCGAAGUGUUUCUCAGCUCGACGUCGGGCCCCGUCGCGUGGCCGACAGCGCGCGCCUCGCCGAUGUGUGGCAACUGGAUCUUUGAUCCGAGUCGCAGCCGCCUCCAACUCCCCGCGUGCACCGUUUUGGACGCGGUGCGAUGGACGACAUGGCUCUAUCGGUGCCGGCUCGCGCUCUCCAACGGCACGCUUUGGGUGCAAUCGCACUGGGGCGUCUACUCGAGUCGUCCGAGUAUGUUGGAGCUCGACCGCUCCCCGCGCAUUCUGCGGGUUUUCCCCAACGGCGAGUCGACGAUGGCCGGGCACGGCCACGUCUUAAAUGGAGACUAUGUCGCAUACGAGCCAUCGCGCGGCGAAGUUGUCAUCGAGUACUUUGGCUACGACCUGUUGCAGCACGAAGGCUGGCGCGUAGUUUUGCACCUCGUGCGCCGCCUCGACGGCUGCCUCGUCGUCCGCGCUGCGAUACACAAGUUGGUGGCGCCCAUGAACGACGACAUUGUGUGCUCGAGCCCCGAGAGCCGCGUCCAGCUCUGGGCCACGUCCCCGUUUGAUGUUGUCGGCCACGGUGACGCCGUGUACGUGGCCGCAGCGUAG